CUUGCUAAAGAACUACAUUAGUCUAUAUACUGGUGGUCUCACUAGACGGCUGGAAUGAUUGGGGGAGAGAUGGGUCCCCUAUGACAACUGGCAGUAUUCGCUGACCUUUGACCUUACAUCGGAUGACGUAACUGGCCGCACUCUCUACCUGAGAUUGGAGGUCUGGACACUGUUGCCAUGUCACUGUGAAUGGACUGCUCAUUGGACAGGCCAACAACUUCCACCGACGGUGGAUGUUUGACAUUCCUAAUGCUGUGGCAGGAAGCAACCACAUUGACAUUGCUUUUGAGAGUGCUGCUAACUACUCUGUGAGGAUGGCAGGAGCCUACCCAUACCCUGUCCAGGGAGGAGGCAUCUAUUUCAACGACUCAAACAGAAACUUUGUCCGGAAGCCUCAGUCUGACUUUGGCUGGGACUGGGGGCCUGCCUUUGUGCCCACUGGAAUAUGGAAAAGCAUUGACAUCAUAUCAUUUCAGGAUGCCUAUGUGGAUUACAUCAUUCCCAAGACUUAUUUCAACGACACGGACAAGUCCUACUAUGCCAGUAUUACCACCUGCGUAUACCUUGCUCACAACUCAAACCCAACUCUGACUGUGGAUGUGAAGAUGGAGUGCCCGUAUGUCAAGCCUAUCGAGGGAGAUUUCUUGGCAGACGAGGCAGGAGAUAUGUGCUCCACUCUCUACAGUGCUCCCAUCGUACCGGACAAUAUAGAGCCCCACCUCUGGUGGCCUGCUGGAGUCGGGGACGGGACUCCUAACCUCAUCGCCUGCAACAUCACCGUCAAUAUCCUCGAUGGCGAGAAACAGAUUUCAACAUUUUCAAGCAGUAAAAAGAUCGGAUUUCGCAACAUUAAGAUAGUUCAGGAUCCAGUUGGUCCAAGUGGUGCCGAUGGUCUCACCUUCUAUUUCAUGAUGAGUACUGUCCUCUAUGGAGACGUCCCAAUAUACGCCAAGGGCUCCAACUUUAUCCCGAUGGAUGCGUUUGUCAACAGAGCAACUCCGAGCUUCGGUCGCAGUAUUCUUCAGAGUGCAGUGGAUGGGAAUCAGAACAUGGUCCGAGUUUGGGGAGGAGGGCUGUACCAGACGUCGUGGUUCUAUGAGCUGUGUGAUGAACUGGGACUAAUGGUGUGGCAGGAGUUCAUGUUUGCCGAUGCUCUGUACCCUAGAGACAAGGAGUUCCUGGAGAAUGUACACCAGGAGGUGGUGCACACAGUGAGACGACUGGGGAACCAUCCCAGCAUCGUCCUCUGGAGUGGCAACAAUGAGAACCAGGAUGCUGGGGAGCAGAGUGAUGCCAAUCUGGUGGACUACUCCAUUCUCUAUGACCAGACAGUGAGAGCCACUCUCUGGAAGGAGGACAGUACCAGGCCCUAUUGGCCAUCCAGGUCCUCCAACGGAGCAGUGAUAGAUGACCCGGUGAGACAGCUGUACAUUCAGAGGUGGGGGACUCCAGCAACACAACUAUGGAGACAUCCACAGGUAUGACUACCAGCACUACUGUACUGACGUGAGCUUCUUCCCGCGACCUCGGUUUGCCAGUGAGUUUGGUUUCCAGAGCUACCCGUCCUUCACCUCCAUCUCCAAGAUCUCCACUCCAAAUGACUGGGACAACGACUCUGUGUUCAUGAAGCACAGGCAGCACCAUCCCAAUGGGAACCAGCAGAUGGCAUAUCACAUGAGCCUCUUCUUCCACAUGCCCAACAACACAAACAAGACGGUACAGUUCAUGGACUUCAUCUACCUGUCUCAGGUGGUUCAGGGACUGUGCAUAAAGGCUGAGGCAGAGCACUACCGCAGACUCCUCAGUGAGGAGGACGCCCUCACUAGAGGCACUCUCUACUGGCAACUGAAUGACAUAUGGCAGGCCCAGAGCUGGGCCUCAGUUCAGUAUGACCUCAGCUGGAAGAUCCUGCACCACUACAUGAAGACAGUCUAUCAGAGUCUCCUGGUGUCUGCCUACCAGUAUGAAGGAUACAUUGGAGUCUAUGUGGUCAAUGAUGACGCCCCUUCCACUUCCGUCGACUAUGUACUCAACAUUCUUGUGGUCUCUUGGGAUAAGGGGAAUGUGGUGAAAGAUUUCAAGAUGGCCAACACCAGUAGAGGGUUCACUGGAGUGAGAGUGUUCAAUGAGAGACCGGCCACUGUCUUCAAUGGUACCUCAUCAACUGACAGCUUCCUCUACAUGGUUCUCUCUGAUGCCAAGAGUGGAGCUCAGUUGGCUACCAACUGGUUCUUCCCUUCCAAUUUCACUCAAGUGAAGCUGCAGCAACCCAACAUACAGGCAACUAACUUCAAACAAACGUCUUCGAAUUCUGUUGCUGUGAGUCUGUCUGAAUCUUGCAGAUAUGCACUUAUAUCCUUUGCUGCAGUUCACUAUUUCUUCAUCGGCUGCGGCUCCGUUUGUCUAUCUUCAAACAUCUCUCACUGGAAACUUCAAUGACAAUGGAUUCCUGAUGAUGCCGUCAUCUGUGAUGAUCUACAACCUGACCUUCACUUCUGUAGCCAACUUCUCUGCAUCCAACUUUCAGAAACAACUCCUCAUCAGGACUGUGGUUGACACUUACAGCAAGUAAUGGUGGUGAACACAAUACAUGACAUUUUGUUUUUAAAUGUUAAUGUUAUACCAAUGCUUAAACAACUGUACUAUGUUCUGUCAAUCCCAUUGGAAGACUAGAAUAAGCUGUAGCUGCAAGUGCCACACAAUUCAGACGAGGAGAUGUAGAGCUUGUUUCACUCACUAUUACUUUUUAU